GAUUGACUGGAUUAAGGGAAGAUGACAUACUGAAUGGGGAUGAACUGAGUGGGUUUGCGCCAGUAUUAUAUAAUCAGAAACAGAACAUUUUCCCCUCCCAUUGGCUAAAGCAGCUCAGCCCUUGGUCACUGUGCAAACAGUGAAUAAAACCUGUUGGGAACACUAUUGUCACACAGAGGGCCUUUCUGACUGUCCAAGAGACACCCGAGUGUUACUUUAGCUUAGGCUUCUCUUAAUUUUGACCUAAUUUUUUUUUCCUUCUGGGAUUAAACAUCGUGUUAACCGAACAGCAACUGCCCUGCUGGCGGGCUCUACAUGUUACAACUCUCUGAAGAGCUUCUAAAUGGACGAGAUGCCUCCUGCCGUGGUCCACACUUAGCAUCAAGCACCAUUGACUGCUUUUAAAGAGGAACGUCUGUUUGCAACCACUGGGAUGAAUUUUGUCCUGGUUUCAAGAAUCAAUACAGUCACAGAGUAACUGCUGCUCUGACACCUUUCUUUGCUUUCACCCGAGCCGCUCCUCCUCGCAAGGACACGCUGAUGCAGCCAAGGAGAUUUUGAGGGCACAGGUUUCUUCUUAAUAAAACUGGACAACGCAGCUUUGAGAGGAGUUUAUCCCCCUCCCUUCAGAAACGGAGUGCGCCAUAUCCAACUGUCUUUAAGUAGUUUACAUUGGUUCAACCAGCUGGAAAAUUUAAAGAGACGCGGCGUGAAGGACACAAAUUUAAGAGCGACUCAAGCAGAGACCAGCAGGACAUACAUUAUUCAAGAAGAAGCUGACUUAACUACUUGACUUUCUCUGGGCACUUGAAAAGGAUACUUGGCAUAUUUUCUGUCAUUUAUGGACACAAAGAAGAAAGUACAAUAUACUUCUCUGGUCUAUCUUCCUGUGAGGAUAAAGCAUAUAAAUGUCGAUGAAGGAGCCAGUUUAUCGCUGUUUAACUCAGUGCAAUAAUUAUGAAAGUACUAGCUGUCUCUGUGGAGUGUAGUCAUGGCUGUUAAUAUCGUUUAAGACAUGAACUGGAGCCAACGCGAUGAAUCACCCAAACGCUGCAGCAACAUGCUGCUCUGAUGCUCAAUGUUAACAGGAAAUUAGAUUCAUUAGUCCGCAGACUUUUACCGUGACUGCAUGGAGACUUCGGGGCAUCAAAUAAACAGCAGUAGCAGCAGCAGCAGCCCGGACCAAAUGAACAGGGCAGACGACACUUUGAUUAAAGUCUUAGUGCCCAUCCUGGAUGGGCUGAUUCUGGUGACUGGCCUCGUGGGCCAAACCCUGGUCAUCACCAUUCUCACUGGUAGGAGGAAGAAAGAAAAUCAACCCCCGCAUGGCACGGACACGCUGCUGCUGGCUCUGAGUGCCGCCGACCUGCUGCUCUUACUGUGCCUGCCCUUCCACACCUCUGCCAUCACCCUGGGCUACUGGCCUUUCGGCAGCUUCCUGUGCAAAGCCAUCAGCUUCCUGGGCGUGGCCUGCUCGGCUGCCUCUGUGCUCACUCUGGCAGCUUUGGCAGUGACGCGUUACCUUACGGUGGUACAUCCCGCCUGGGCUUUCCGCUCGAGAAUGCACAGGCGCAUCAAGCUGACAGUGGCUCUGCUCUGGAUACCCGCCUCGGCUUUGGCAGCGCCGCAGUUUGCCUUCCGCACGAUUUCUAUUUCCAGCGCGGUGUACUGCUAUGCCUUUCUGUCUGAUUUCAGCCAGCUGGUCUACGGCAUUGCCCUGUUCCUGUUUGGCUUUGCGCUGCCACUAGGCAUUAUUGUAUUGAUGUACACAAAGAUCUACUGUUUCCUUCGACACGCACGCCGUCUGGGGAACGCUCCCCAGCUCGAACGCUACCAGCGCCAAGUUACUCACACUUCAGCUCUGCUCGUCCUGGUCUUCACUCUCCUGUGGCUGCCCUCCUACGCACUCAUGUUCUCCUUCAUUGGAGGAACCCUAACAAACUCACCUGGCUACAAAACUGUUGCCAUCCUGGCAAGACUGCUGGCAUCCUCUGUAGCAGUGGUAAAUCCCAUACUGUACGGCCUUAUGUCUCAGAAGUUUAGAAGAGACCUGCUAGAGCUAGGGAGAGGACAGUGGGCAUGGUGCAAAAGCUGUCUGACUGUUUGCCCUCAUGUGAUGGGCAGAGACAUGGUACAACCCUUCGAACUGGACACAACGUCAGAGAGAGACCACAACUGAAUCACACUGCUACCUCAUACUUAAUCUUCAUGCAUAUUUAUAUAUUUAUCAGAUUCAUCAUCGGAUUCAAGUGCAAUAAACUGCAUUGCAAUUUGAAUCAUUGCAGAUUGUAAAAAUGAAGGAUUGCUUUUUUUUGUGUGUGUGUGAGAUUUAACAGAUUUUAUCGUGAUAAAAAUGUUGUAACAAACGUUUUUUCUUUGGAAUUAUUGCAUUGCAUAAAUGGAUUAGUAAUUUGGAUGCGAGUAUGUUGUUACAGUGACGCACAAGGUUUACAUAAUCACGAUUCUAUGAAAGGCUGAUAUACGAUCAUUUUGAUUUAGCUCCGUCUUAUCUGGACAAACACACUUUCCUAACCACAGCUGGAUCAAAUAUUCCUAAUGGAAUGCAUUCUGGUAUCAGUAAAUGAGAAAAAAACAAAAACAAAAAAAACAACGGUGGAAAAAACACAAUAUUCACAAUCUGCUUAAAACCCUGCAACAUCAAUAAAGGCGCGAUUCAUGUGCUUCGCUUCUUUUCCCGCUUUGCGUGUUAAAAUACCUAAUGUCGUGUUUGCUUGCGAACAGCUUUAGCCAGGGGAUGUUUGAAUGUGUCACUUCUCCGGAUUGGGUUCAGCAACCCGCUCUUAAAUUAUUUAAAAAGAGAGGGAUUUGAAAGAAAAGCGUCAGUGUGGAAACAAACAAAAAGUGUUUGUGUGUGCAAAUGUGUCUUCUUCAAGUGGCAACGCUUGUGAUCUCCACUAGUUGAGAAUCUGCAGCCAUGUAGUCACCACAAUGGACCCCCUUGUGUAUGUGUGCUGUCAAAAACGUGAGAGGAUGUCUGCUGACGGUGUCAAGGGGGCGAGGGAAAACAUUCAAUUAUUAAUGGAGAAAAUACAAAAAUCACAUAGAGGGGCAACACAGCUGAAAUACUCAUGGUGGUGAAAGUUUUAAGUGUGCGUGUGUGCUGAAAUUAGUUCAUUCAUUCAUUUUCUGCAGCUGUUUGUCUUCUAGAGGGUCGCAGGGGGGAGCUGGGGCCUAUCCCAGCUGUCAUUGGGCAAGAGGCGGGGCACCCCCCGGACCCUGGUCAGUCUAUUGCAGGGCUAACCCGGAGAAACAGACAACCAUUCACACUCACUACGGCCAAUUUAGAAUCACCAAUUAACCUAACGAACCAUCACACCGCUGCGCUGUAGUGAAAAAAUGGAAAGGUGACUGAGGAC